UGUUGAGUGAUCGAAAUUUUACUCGCUGAAGAUGAGCCCACCGUAAAUACCUCGAUCUACAUUUAGAGUAAAUUUACAGCUAAAUCGGAAGCAGGAAUUGACAACUACGAGACCGUCGCAGCUCUGAGGGUGAUCUUUGCUGUCGGCCUCAACUCAAUAAAUCCCAGACCAUGGACAGCGGUUCGGCUGUUAGCAGAGAACCAUCCUCCGCAACGGUCAUCAGUGAGUCGGCAAACGUCGUCGUCCAGCGCCUGACCUCAGGCAGUCCGAUCUGGAACCUGACCGCCACGGAGGGCGAGACAGAAGGAGAGACGGAAGGGGAGGUAAUGGAUUGCUUAUUCCCGGAUUUCCAAUCCAUGUUACUCCCCAGUGCUAAGGAGAUUUUACGUGGCGCUUGCAUGGAUGUUAGUGGGAUGAGCAAAGAUGAAGCUAACCUCUACAAUCUUCCGAGCGCGUCCACCCUCCUAACCCCAGCGCAGAUUCAACAAAUUGGCCAAGCCCUGACUACCCCCGAUGACCCUGCUGGUAGAAGUAAUCCUGUGCCCCAUCACCAGCUGGAGCCGGGGGUGCUCGAUGCCCCUGUAAAGACCCACGAACCCGCUGGGGGUGCCGGUGUCCAGGUGGGAUUCCCGAUGACCAAGACAGGCAACGCAGCCAGCAGUGACAGCCUGGAUCGGUUUAUGAAUGAGGACAACUCGAGGCUGGGCGAAAGUGACCACUUUGGAGAUCAGCUGCUCCUGACGGCAUCAAAUGACUCACUGAAGUUGGAUAUCCCUGGGGUGUUGGACCUCUCAGGAGAGAGUCUAGAGACUUGUCGACUCCUUCAGGAAGUCAUAAACUCUGAAAUUAUGACAGGGGACAUCAAGAACGAAAACCUAGACGUGCAAGUGGCAGCCACUGCUGUGGUGACAACCAGCGAGGACGGUGACACAUCACCUGGGGAAGGGAUCAAACAGAAAGGACGAGGAGGUGGGAGAAAGAAGCUGAGCGAGAAAGAGAAGGCUACGCCGCUGAGAAGGAGUGGAAGGCACAAGAAGAUGGAGGAGGCCAAGGCUGAGACGAAAGAAGUAGAGGAAGACAAAAAGGACAAGGCAGAGAUCGUUCAAAAGUCUGAGAGUCAAGAUGAGAAGCCGGGUAAAGUCAAAGAUGCCAAAGAAACAUCCAAAAAGGCAAAAAGAACGAAGGUUCAAGAGGAGAAGUUAAAACAUUCCAAGUCGAUGGGAGAUUCAGAAGAUGGUGACGGUGAAGAUACCUUAUCCCAGGGUUCAGACACCUCCAAGGAAGUAAGGAAGAAACGCACGUACCGGAAACGGAAACAAAGUAAAGAAGAACCUGAUGAGGACAUUAAUAAAACUCUUAAACAGCUCCAGAUGGAGUUGAAGAUGAUGCAGGAGGAAUCCAAGGAUGUUGAAGCUCCCAAAGAAGGCCAUCAACCAGGACUGGAAGGAUCUCAUCAAGGAGACUCACAAGAAGACACAUCAAAGAGAGGAACUUCUCAAUCCAAAGAAACUCGCAGGCGCAGUGAAGAUGGUCAGGCCUCCAGGUCUGAUCAUACUUAUGAGCGACGGAGAUCGGGAUCCACUUCGGAAACAGCACCCUUGCUGUUCACCCCGGAUAAUGCCGUUUUUAUCAAGCUGGGCUCUCCGAAGGAAGGCGAGGGAGAAAGACGCGGACGGACGAUGGAGACGAGAAAAAGGGACAGAGCAACGUCUUGGUCUCAACUUAAAAAUAAAGAUGACGGAGAGUUGUCGUCGGAUAACAAUGACGAAGACGAUGACAGCAACUGGACGAGUGAUGACGAUCCAGAAAAACUGUGGUGUAUUUGUCGCAAACCUCACGACAAUAGGUUCAUGAUAUGCUGUGACCAGUGUGAGGAAUGGUACCACGGAUCCUGUGUUGAUAUCACUAAGACUGAGGGAAAACGCCUCGAACGAGAGAAGAUUCGCUGGAUAUGUCCAGUUUGUAUUGAAAAAGACAAGAGAGACAGCAAGCGGGAGAUGAAGAUUGCUGGCGAGGCGGAGAAAAAAGACUCGCCAGUAGAACCCUUGGACAAAACCCAAGACAAACCACAGGACAAAUCGGAUCCCACUGCCAAGGAGAAACCCCCUGAAGAGAGCCCAGAGGUCAAGGGUGAAGGGGCAGAGGUCAACAAGCCUGAGGUAACAAGCGGGAAGUCACCAGAGCUUUUGCCGUCCACAAAGAAGAAGCGGUUGAAGUUUUACAAGCCGCCUCCUCCAAAACAGCAUUGCAUCGGACCGGGUUGUCAGAGCUGGGCUCGGCCGGGUUCCAUCUACUGCAGCAGCGAUUGCAUCGUGCGCCACGCCCGCCAGUCAAUCCGCAUCAUUCACCAAGAGAAGGAGAGAUCCUUGGGGUCUAAGUGGAGACGAGAUUCUACCGGCUCCGUGGGCAACAGGAAUGUACUGAGCCCUGGUCACCGCCACGAGCCAGAGCGCAUUCCUGUGAUGGAGCGUCACACUGGUAAGGUACGCACCGGUCUGUCUGCACCCGUACAGGAUCAAGUCUAUGACUUCCUAGAGAGGCACCCGUCCUACGAGGUUGUCAGACCCGGAACUCAACAUGGGGUCGCGACCUUCUACUCGUCUUCAAAAACAAAACCCGACAAGAAGGACAAGAAAGAAGAGCAGAUUGUUGCGCGAGUUAGAGAGCGAGGACGAGAGCAGAGAGCCUCGGAGCACAAGACCCACAGCCGAGACAGCACGGACAAGGCGUCCACAUCGUCUUCCUCUUCGAAGGAGAAAGCGUCGGCUUCGUCUUCGGGUAAGGAGAAGACGCCGGGGGCGUCUGUGAGCAAGGAGAAGACGGCGGGGGCAUCUACGUCGUCUGGGUUGAUGAAGGAGAAGCCUCUGACUAAGGAACAGGCGGAGAAGAACAGGCGAGCUGAGGAGCAGGCUAAGGAGGGCGUUAGGAGGAACGUACGGGAAUCACUCAAGGACAUGCUGGCUACAAGGGUCAAGGGAGCCAAAGACCUCAAAGAAUACGAAGACCAGGUCAAGAAGAAAGCAUAUGUGAUUGAGUAUGAAUUACAUAGACUGUACAACAACACUGGCUCCAAGUACAAGUCUAGAUAUCGCAGUCUAUUCUUCAAUAUUAAAGAUAGUAAAAAUCAGGGUUUGUUCCGUCGCAUCCUAAAAGGAGAAAUCUCAGCCGCUAAGCUGGUGCGUAUGUCAUCAGAUCAGCUAGCCUCUAAGGAACUCGCUGAAUGGAGGGAGAGGGAAGCCAAGCAUACCCUUGAGAUGAUUGUCCAUGAAGAGGAGGAGAGGAAGGUGCAACCCUUGACUAAGAAGACGCAUAAAGGAGAAGUAGAGAUCAAUGAUGAUAAUCUCAGUAGCUUGGAGAUCCAGGAGAAGUCUGAGACCAAACAUCUGAUCGACAUGAAGUUGAUUGAGAAGAACGCCCCCUCAUCGAUCAACCCUCUGGACAACAUGCUGGGCGACACCACGGGCCAGCACCGCGCCCAUCUCUUCGAUCUCAACUGCAAGAUCUGCACGGGGAAGAUGCCGGCCCCCCGGGAGGAGACCGUCCCGAGCAAGAGGGCCAAGGUGGUGAAGACGGCCUCGGCUGAGAUGGUUGAUGAUGUGGAGGAGGAAGCGGGGAGUUCGACUGGGAGGAGAAGUGAAGAGGUGAAGGAGACAUUAAGGGAGAAGAUGCUGAGGUCAAACUCUGUCGACGACGAUGGUGAUAAUGGUGGUGAAGAUGAUGACGAUGAGGAACCAUUUGUCGAACCUGAUGAUUUGCCGACACCACAGAUCAGCCCAAUCCAAGCUUCCCCUAAGGACCAGCCCUCAGCCAGGAGGCCCCCUCCUUCUCUCUGGAAAGGCUUACUCAACAUGGAGGAGGUGGCUAGGUUUGUUGUAGCAGGAUUCCAUGUCUCUGGGCCCAUCAGGACAAUUUCAAUGGACAUGCCUGAUAACAUCAUGAUCUGCGGUCGGAUCCCCUACCCGGUAGUCUGGGACUACUUCAAGCAGCUCCACAAGGCCAACAACACCGACCUGAUCGUCUUAAGGUUCCACGUCGUCAACGAAGAGGACAAACAGAACUACAUCUCCCUCUUCCAAUACUUCCACAGUCGCCAGCGGAUCGGCGUCGUCGGGAAUAACAAGAAACACAUCAAGGAUAUGUAUAUCCUGCCGCUAUCAGCUCAUGAACCCGUACCAAGGGAGGUUCUGCCAUUCAAAGGACCUGGGCUAGCGGAGCCCCGCCCGCACAUGCUGCUAGGCUUAAUGGUGAGACAUCGAGAGCGGGCGCGGUCAGCGAGUACCGGACCGUCGGCCCGACCUAAUGUAGCCAACCAGCCUGUGCUUCCACAGGCUCAUUCCAGAUCGCAGCAGCACCAACAGAAACGACGCUUCUCUGAUAACAGUCACGCCAUCAGCAUGCUCCCGAGGUCGCCCACCGAUCCCGAGGAAUUCCACAACAACCCCGAGGAGCACGAACUCGAAUCCAAGCGCUUCAAGCCUGCUCCGGCGCAUCAACCGUUGUUUAUCCCCCAGAAACAAUGGGAGGAUCCAAUUGUGGCGCAGUACGCGAAUGCCGACCCCGCGGAGUUCACGGCAGAACCGUACUCGCCGACUCAAGAGGAGAUUGAAGCACCAUAUGACCCAGCGGAUGUCAUGGAUGUCAUAGGUGAAGUGUCAAAGGUCAAGGGGUUAAGAUCAAGCGAUGAAUCUGGCAUUGACGAAUCAAUGCAAAACCCGUCGGUAUUGACAUCUCUCCUGCAGGAGGGUGGGCAGAAACUAAGCGCGAGCGAGAUCGCCGACGCAGCAUCGGACGUCACAGCGAACCUUCUGACGGCCUUCAGCUCUAAGCCAGACUUGACGGAGCAGCAGCAGCUCUUGAUCAAACUCACCCAGCAGGUGGAGGACGCCAAGAAGGCGCUGCUGGACCGACAGAUUGCAUCCCUACAAUCGGAAAUCGAGAAGGCUACAAGCGACUCCGACUUUAGCCCGGGGCACGCUGCGAUGCCCCAACCACGCCAGCCGGUCGCUGCCAUCGGGGCUGGUCAGCAUGAAACACUGGAGGGUGUAACAGACGAUCAACUGGGAUCACCUCAGAUACGCCGUGCCCCGGCGGACUCCAGCACCGCAGUUGUGGAAGUUGGAGAUGAUCAGGGCGGGGCCACGCCUACAAAAGAUGAGCAAGAAUCCAAAACAGUGAAGUCCCAACCCGCCAUAAGUGACCGAUCAGCUCUUGACUUCAUUCAGUCGGCAUUAUUUGAUUCAAAAGCCAUUCCUCCGUCAGAUCCAAACACCACUGCGUCGGUUCCCCCGCCCAUCAGCAGGACGACAGCUAUUCCAUCGACUGAACCUGCUCCUCCAUUCCAGGGCGCCUAUGAGCCCGAGUACACCCCACCCUCAACAGCCCCUGCCUACAAUCCCACAUACAACUACAAUCACUACACUCCAACGCAACCGACUUCCCAGGUGGAGGAAUACCAGCCGACGGAACAGCCAGACUGGACUGUAAACCGUGACUAUGGACACGGAAAACCAGGUUACGAUAAUGGUAAUGAACCCUACGCCCCACAGGAAUACAACCCUGGGCAUCAUGAACCUCAAUUUCAGCAAUAUAACAACCCCCAGGGGUAUGGUAACUACAACAGGGGGAACGAGCCCGCAAGUGGGGGCGAAGGGCAGGGGUUCAACAACUGGGGUCAGCGUUAUGAGGGAAGAGACCCUAGGGGUCAUCGCAAUGACAGGAGGGGGCCAAAUAAAGAUCAAAAUUGGCGAGGCCAAAAUCGUGAUUUUAAUAGAUACUGAGGUCAUUUAUACUUAAAAGCCACCUCAGAAGGGUGUGUACAGCAUUGGUAAGACUGAAAAUGUUCACAGAUAACUACCAACUUCCCUCAAAACAUUUUUGUUUAAAAUGCUUUUGGUUUUGUUCCAUAACAUGAUGUCAGACAACAAUAAAAACAUACACAAAUGAAUUUGUACAGCCAUAAACUAUGUUCAACUAAAGUAUUGAAUACAUGUAUAUGCCUUGGACUUGCAGUCUUUUACCAAUGUUGUACACAUGCUUUAAUAAAGGAAAUCUUGGCUUGGCACACAAUUUUAUGUGACACUAGGCUCUCUGAAAGGAGAGUUUGCUAAAGUCAUUAUUUCUGCAGAAAACUAUUGUAAAAGCUUAAAUGGUUGUUGAUGUAAGACCAAACCAAGCACUUCAAAUGAACAAUCAAAUGUACAAUUGAUUAGAACAUGAUUCGAACCUGUGACCUUCAGGAAUAACAGGCCAGCAGCGGAUUUCACGAGACGAUAGGAUUAAUCCUAACUCAAGUUAGGAUGAGCAACCUGUCCUAACUUAGGAUGGGUUCAAUUCGGCCAAUGUACU